AUGAGAAGGGGACGUUACAUUAUGCUGAUGAACGGGUUGAUGAAUGGCAUCGUGUAUGAUUGGGCUGCGUUACUCGCAGAGCGCAUGUAUGAGUUUUUGACGCUGCAGCAUCGCACAUUCUAUAUGCCUCACUAUGCUAUAGGGUUGUUCCUGGAUGCCAUGCGAGAAGCAGUGCCCGAGGAAGAAUUGGAGAAACAGGCAGUAGAUACAACCUCGGCCUCAGGGGAGCCUGACAGCGGGAGGGAUUCCAGCAGUACGGAGGAUUCAGAAGCAGAAGAUGAGGAUGAUAGCAGCUGGGCGACGGAGGAGCCGAUACGAGUCCUAUUUGCCCCACCCCUGCUACUGAUGGGCACGCCUGUGCCAUCAUCUGGAGUGGGCGGCCCCUGUAUUCCGGCCUUCGGGCAGAGCCAUACGCCUGUUACACUUGGUCCCCUCCAGCACGAGCACCAGGGAGCAUCACCGGGCCCAACCACAGCGGCACUUACCGAGGACAUGGCAAAGUCAAGGACGGAGGAGUCACCGCAUCGAGUAGUGGUCGUUGAGGAGCAGGGGUUGACGGAGGUGGUGGGUACCGAGCCUCAGACUAGAGCAGAGGUAGUCGACUUGGAUGACUCAUCAGGAGAGGCACAUGGACUCACAGUUGGGAACGCGGCGGGGGAGGUCACCUCUGCUAGGCAGGCGCCAGGAGAUGGUAUACCUUCGGUGGCGGAGGAGGCACCUUCACAGCAGGAUGCCGUUGUGUCCGCUCCACCAGAGACUUCACAGCCUUCGGCACAGAUGGGGGAGGAUAUUGAGACCUAUCUAGCUGACAUGGCUGACAUGGUGACGAGGGGUAGAUGGGUGGUUGCCGCUGCCCAAACGCAAGCAUUGCAGCAGGAGUCUGCGGUCCGCGAGGCUGCACGAGUAGCGUUGGAGAAGGAGAUGGCCAGUCAACAGGCCUCCUGGGCAGCCGAGAGGGCGCAGUUGUUGGCAAAGCUUGAGGAGACCCGGGCAGAGACGGCCGAGGUAGAGAUUCGUCUGGCGGCUGAGCAGAGUGUGAGGAGCCACGUGCAGCAGGAGUUGGAUGUCGUCAGUACCGAGAGGAGUCUGUUGCAAACUCGGUUGGUCUAG